UCUUAGGGAAGGGCGCCGCCUAUAAUAUUUUAUAUUUUAAAGUUUAUUCAAUUUAAAACACCUAUCUUCCGAUAUGCCCGAAACUCAAGAAAACAUAUUUCUCUUUGUUCCCAAUAUCAUUGGAUUCGCCAGAGUCAUCUUGGCUAUCAUAUCCUUCUAUUAUAUGCCGACGCAUUGCGUCUUUGCGGUGAUUUGCUAUGUGACCUCGGCCCUGCUGGACGCCGUCGAUGGCCAUGCCGCGCGGUUCUUUAAUCAGAGUACUAAAUUUGGAGCCAUGUUAGACCAGCUAACUGACCGCGCUGGCACUGCUGGCCUCAUGAUGACCCUCGCCACCUUCUACCCCAAAUACACCUUCUGGUUUCAAAUCUCUAUGGCCAUUGACAUUACUUGCCACUGGCUCUACCUGCACUCGGUGACCGUCCAAGGGAAGGCAUCACACAAGCUGAUUGACAUGUCGGGCAACCCCAUCAUGCGGCUCUACUAUACCAACAAGAAUGUGCUGUUCUUCAUGUGUGCCGGCAAUGAAGCGUUUUAUGCGGCUCUGUAUGUUAUGUACUUCUAUACUGGCCCUACAGUUCUUGGAAUCGGCCUUUACAAGCUCAUUGCUCUGGUCUCCAUGCCGGUGGCAGUGGUGAAGGCGGCCAUCUCUGUCCUCCACGGCAUUGUGGCGUCUAUGAACAUCGCCUCGCUCGACUGCGCCGAGCGCGCCGCGGCCGCCCAAAAGCAGGACAAAGCUAAUUAAGCUAACUAAUUAUAGUAUGGCCAGCCAUCUGUGUGUGUGGGAACGCACCGGAUUAUAAAAGCAUCCAGAACUGAGGGCCGUGAACCUCUUCGUUUAUACCUCGAUUUGCUAUAGGCAGGUAAGAAAUUCGACUUUCGCCAUUGGCCUCUAGAUGUGAACGCGUCUAUUCUAUGUGCACUAUCCAAGGUGAUUUUCUUUGUACGCAGUGUAGUGGGCUACCGAAAGGAUAACUUCUGUUCUGAGUGAGAAAAAACAAGCCCAUGUAAAAAGCAAUUUUACCGUCUUAUCUACAUGGUUCAAAUUCAUAUUAUAAUAACUUAUUCGGCGAGUGAGUAGUACCGCGCGCGAGUAACUUUCAAAUAUCACGCUAGUGAAGCAUUCGCCAGACCUCAACGCACGUAUACAUUUUGCUGUGAAUAAGUAGGCAAGCUAAAAAGUACAAUACAUUUAUCAAGGAAAGAUCUUUAGAAUGAUAGUCCUGCUGGUAAGGUUAAGAGGCGACUGGAAUGCUCUCUGAAUGUUUUAGUAACACGGCUGGCUGGCCCAACUAUAUGACUUCCAUUCCAAGCAGGGUUACCAAUGUUACCAUCAACAAACAUUUUCCGAAAGAAAUCUACAUCAUUGUUGUUAUAACAUAAAAUCCUGAAGAAAAACAAAUAGAUGUAAGUGUGGUGGUAACCCUUCAUGUGACUUAUUUGACUCCCAUUUGUGUUGCCAAAUUCCUUACAAUAUUUGCACAUGUUGGGCCCGCGUCAUGAAAGUGUUACUAUAAUUUUGACCACGAAUUUACCUUAUAUAUAUUAUAUAAGUACAAAUAAGUGAGAUCACUUAAGAAUCGUUAUUUACGAAAACCUCUUACUAAUAUCAUUAUGUCAAUGUUACUACUAGUCAUCAGUUUUGAUUCCCACACUUUCUAUUUUCUAUUUUUUUAUUGCAUUUUCUAUUUUAUUAUUAUUAUUUGACACAUCAGGUAUUUACAAUACAUAUUUGUUGGGUACAUUUAAGUAAGUAGCUAUAACAUAGUAAUAAUUAAAUGUGUUAUAUAUAUGUUAAUUGAUGAUAAUUUUAGAGCUGUGUUUGUUGUGCAUAGGUGUAUCCAUGUUAAAAUAAAUUAAAACCCAAUGUGAGUAGUUAGUAGGUUAUAGUUGUGUUGAUCUCGAAUAAUCUGUUUUUAAAACAGUGGUUACUGUCACUGUCAGUCAGAAAAUGCAUUGCAUUACGUUCGGUACACGAAACCAAGGCAAAAAACGAAAAUGCACAGCUCAAGCCCCUCUUGGCUUUAAAGAACUAUAUGCAAGCAGCGGCGUAGCUACCAAAAGGCAAGGCUUACUUGACGUUGGCUAUGGGAAAAAAAUAGUAUUUUAACAACACAAAAGUCAUAUAAUAAUAUUUUAAGGCGCAUGGCCUAUUGGUUUAUUUUAUUUCUCAAUAUAGUUUUUUUUUUUUUUUAAUUAAAUUAUAUCUAGAAUAAGGAAAAUCAAUGUGUUUAAAACUAUAUAUCCAUAAGUUAUAUAAUAGAUAGGUUCAAACUAUGUUAACUACAAACUACUAACGGUAUUGUGAAAUUGAUGACCACUUCUCGUUUUGUCAGUAAGUAAAUAAUUAUGAAUUCAUUUAUAAUUAUAUGUACUAAUAGAAAUUAAGCAUUUAAUGAAAUAGCCUACAUCCUGCAGAAAAAGUAUAUCCAAGCGACUAAUAUUCAACACGAACGACAGAUAUUCAAUAUUCAGUGUUGACUACUAAUAAAAGCAACAUUCUUAUGCUUAUGACUUUUGCUAGACCUUAACCUUAAUUAUGUCUUCGUAUAAAAAGUUUGCAAUUACGAAUUAACCCUUUUCCAGACCGCACUAAUCUAGAAGAUUAAUAUACCCCAAUUAGUUAAGUUUUGGUGAUUAAUUUGAAAAUAGGUCGCAUUUUGCGAAAGUCCCAAUUUAAUUUGAACCUUAAGAUUUAAAUUGUAUUAACCUUCUGUAAGACAGGUUAGUCUUCAACCAAGCUGUCAAAAAAAAGCACCCCUCUUAUCUACCCGGCGGGCCGGAGAUUACCGGCCAAUUGUUUGUUGCCCUUGUCUCCCGAGCGGGCCACCCCAGAUUUGUUACGAUGGAUUUUUUUUGCACUCGAGCAAAAUCGCAGCAGCAGCUUUAUUUUGAUUUUAAUAAAACUGCUUUUCGAUUGGAGAUAAAUGGCCGGUAAUCUCCGUACGUAACAAAUACGGGGCACAAAAUACUGGACAAUCUCCGGCCGCGGUAGAUAGAGGAUACGUUUAUUCUCAAAAUGUUGACAAAUGUCGUUGGCUUUUUUGGCCGGUAAUAUCCGUUCUGGGUAGACAACAGGUUAACACAUACGUGGUCGAUAAAUCGUACUAGCCCUGGAAAAGGGUUAACUCUGUCGAUGAUAGUGGCUGCAAAAAAUAAUUAUCUAUCACUAUGUAAAUACACAACAGUACUAUAUUUUUCGGAGGAUAUAAGAAAAUAAAUAAAAAACAAAAUCAAUUAGUUAUGUUUUAUUUUUACUAUUAAUACUUGUGAACAGCAUUUAUGCAGGUGAAAGAGUAUAAGAAUAUAAUAUGUAGUAACAUUAAAUGCAAUGUUAUUUAAACCAAAAUAUUGUUGAACAAAUUAAAAUUAUUCUCAAUAAAGCGAAAUCAUUA